AUGCGCUACAGCCCGGGGGGGUUUCCGGCCCCGCAACAGGGCCCAGGUGGCUCGGGCAUGAUGGGGAACAUGGGUCCAACCGGGGGGAAUCGGAUGGAUUGGAAUCACGCGGGCGUCCCCGCCACUGGGCCCUCGUAUGGUUCGGGUUCCGUGAGUGUGGGGACGGGCCUACCCAUUCCACGCGGUCGCGAGCGUGCGGGCACCCCGGCGAUCAAAAACGAACCUCCUCAGCAGGGGCCCAUGCCUAUUCUGGGGGUGGGAACGCCGCAGACCGCGUACACACCUCAGGUUAACAUGCCGGCGAUGCCACCUGUGGGGAUGGUGCCGAACGAUAGACCUUUGAAUCCGAUUUUCCCUGUCCCAGUGGUGGACGGGGGGCCCGAACCGCGGGAGUCGCUCUAUGAUUUCCUAAAAGAGCGUCUACUACUCAAGGCGUGUCCUCUGUGGGAGUUUUUCCCACCGAACGUGGACCCCAAGCAAGGUGAACCCCUCCGCGUGGCGAUGGAUGCGAAUUACAUGGUCACCCAACUGCGAGCCCAACUGCGGGAUCGUGACCCCUUGUGGUUUAUGUACUCCUCCCUACCGGAUUUGUUGUUGAAGCUGGUCGAAGAGCACGUCAUGAGUAUGCGCGAGAAGAAUCUCGAACCAAUCUGGAUCUUCAAUGGCAUUACAACCAGUGGCGACGUCAUGGCACUUCUGCCCUCUAGCCAGGAGCUAGCUGCGCGGAACAGGGUCUGGCGCAAGUUAACAGAUGGAACUUUACCUACUUCCGACGAGAUCGCUGAAGCGUUCUAUACCAGUUCCUCCAUUGGGGAGGACGUCCUCAUGGCCAUCCAGCGUUUUCUUCGCCAGAAGUUAAGCGUUCUGACGCUAACUGCUCCCUUCCUUAACUGGUGCCAGAUGGUCACGUUCCACAAGGAGUGCGAUGCCGAUUUGCUAAUGGGGCCACCAGAGAUGCUAAUGCUUCCCUACGAGCCCAUGCGACUCAUCGUGGAGAUCGAUUUGAAGAAUGAGCAGGUGGCUUAUUUUAACCGUGAUGAAGUUCUUCGGAAGCUUUUCCCAAAACUGAUUCGUAGCGAUAAUGGCACUGCAUCUGCUGGGGACCGACUGUUGGACUUCGGAUUGCUGAUCGCCACGCAUCCAGUUUUUGCCCCAACGCGAGCUCACUUGUCUCUCACCACCAACGAGAUUUAUGAGGAACUGUCCUCUCCCACGCCUCGUUUUGGAACUCUACGUGAAUUCAUUAAUUCUUAUGCCAUCAAGAACAACACUGGUCCUGAAAGAACGCGUAUCGGUUCGGAACAAAUCAGUCACGCAAAGGGCCGUAGCUAUAUCCAAUACAGCGCCGUAUUUUCCAAGAGCUUCUCAGGCUCUCCGUUAGUUUACUUCAAGCGUGUGCUCGAUACGAGUCUGACCAAUGCAAACAUGCCUAACAACCUCUCCGGUGUCUUUGGGAACUUUUUACCCCUCUCGCUCUUUUACUUCCAGUACAUUGGGCUGCUUUCAGUCAGUCUUAUGACGAUCAUCGCUCAGUCAUACUUCCGUGAUGAAUUUCCAGUUAGCGACACCAUGGACUAUCACGGUCACCUCCCGUUACUCAUCGGUCUGCGCGGCCAGACCCUCUCUCAAUUGGUUAACAAACUCAACCCCAGUUGUCAGCAGCGACUGGAGAAGAUCUCGUGGGUGCGGUGGUUCACCAACCUUCUUAUGGUAGUAUCAAGGCCAAGUGAAACGAUCUUACUUGAGGAGUGGAACCUCAAGAAUGUUCGUGUUAUCAACGAAGCAGACGAUGACACUCUUGAUGACGUCGAUAUCUGCACUGUUCUAUCACUGACAAAUAUAUCGUGCAUACCUCCGCCGUCGGAGUUUGGUCGGCAGGCCCCGGUGCUCUAUUUCGGCGCAAGGCAGACCAUCUUUGCCAUCAUGCUUAAGAUUUUCGAUUUUCUUGGGUAUUUUUCGCACUUAUCCCCUCAGGGGACCGGUGGUGAGAAUGGAGGAAGUGUUGCGAACGGAAACAUCGCCCGCAGUAUGAUACAGCCCGUGCCGACAGUGACGUUGGGCUCUGAUACCAGGCAGGUACCUAUGCAUUCCAAUGGAGGCCCAGAGGAUAUCAAUAAUGAUGGGGUUGGAGUUGUUUCUGGACAGGAGGAUUUUGAAGAGGAACCCUUUUUCACGGAUUUCCUCAUUGCGUCAAUGCGGGCCUGCCCGUUGGAAUUCCAAAGUGCCUUUGUGCGUUUUACGGAGCUGCUGCGCGUCAAUAUCCUCAACUGUGUUCCUUGCCGCUACAUCUGUUUUAAUGCCGACGAAGCUGAGGCCGAGGGGCAGGAUGAAGCUGAGGACGCAGGGGAGGUGCUGCUGGCCUCCCGCAUCGCCUGCCUCAUCUCUAUUCCGUACCUCGACGACUCCCCAGACGGCAACUUCGAGUGGGCGCCGGUCUACAGCCGCCACAUUUGCGGGUUCUCCGUCAUGGUGCGGGCUAUGAAUCGUGAUCUGCGUGAGCUGAUGGAGGUGAUCACCGCUUCGGUGUUCCUCUCCGGCUGCAGCAAUUGCCACAUAAAUGAAUACGAUCGUUUCAUCCCGCUCCUUCCCUUCAGCGACGUACCGUCGUCUAUCGGUGGCCUCUUGCUGCACUACGUGCUAGUCUUUCCUGCAGAUUAUGAAAGUAACUGCAACACUCCCAAGGAGCGCUGCGACCACCUUCAGAGCAAGUUCAAGGCGAUCCCAGACAUCGCCACGCAGCUACGUAAGAUCAUGAAUUUCACUUUCCAUGCCCUCUUCUUACUGAUCGCGUACCGCUACCACGAUGCGUCGAUCGUGACGUCACCGGCUUUAUUGAACACGACGGUGGUUGUGGAUACUUUGAACUUGCUCUAUGAAAAGUGGGUGCUGCAUCUGGAUGGUCCACCCCCAACGGAUAUUCACAACCUUUGGAAGCCUGAGAGUCAGACUGUGAUUCGAGCGUAG